AUGAAUUCCUUGCGAGAAACCGGAAGGCGCAUUCAUCAGUAUUUCUCUACAUUUUAUAAUAAUUUUAAGGAGGACUUAUAUAGAGAGUUAAAUUGGGACAUUGAGCAGCCAGAUCCUCUAUUAAAUUUAAACAAAUCAAACGUAUAUUCUUCGGAAGAUAGUUACGAUGAUGAAGAAAGCGAUGAAGAAGAUUCCGAAAUUGAAGAAGGUCAAGAAAAGGAUAUGAAAUGUUGCUUAUUUUGUGCAUGUUUUGAGUGCUUUUUCUGUUGGAAGUUUCCCGGAAAGAAGUACUACGACAAAGCCUAUUAUAAAUUUCAAUCAAAAAUAGAUGGUUGUCCUAUGGCCUGCCCUACUCUAAUUCCACGAAGUCUUGACGAGGAAUGGCGUUUUAAUGGCAAAUACGGAGCAAGAUUCGCCCUCUGCGAAUGCCUGGCAAGUCCUCAGUACAUAGUGUGCUUGAAAUAUCUAGAUGUCCUUUUAUGUCCGAUUUGUGAUCUCUGGGAUAUCCUGAAGGGUAUUGAUUUCGGCUAUCGCAGAUUUCGAAUUCAGGCUUACAUACACAGACAUCAUGAAGCGGAGAUGGGACUCGAAACAUUUUGUGUCUGA